GUGAUUUUGCAGCGAAGUUACUUAACGAUAUUAUUACACAAGUUAACGCGCUAAAAGUAUUGCCUUUAAAGUAGCAAUGUGUACAAUAUGGUUUCAGUUUUGUUAUAAACUCCAUAACAACAUUGGAAAUGCAUUUAAAAGAUGGGGAUUGUUUGUUUGGGAUCACCCAACGACAGUUAUAAUAUGCAGCCUUUUUAUGUCAUUUGCUUUUUGCUUUGGAUUUUUACGUUUUGAUAUCUAUGGUCAAUCUGAAAGGAUUCAUUAUCCCCAGAAUUCUCGAAUAUUCAAAGACUUAGCAAAAGUAGAGGAUACAUUUAAUUAUUUUAUACAAACAGAAGAAUUUGUAAUUUUUUCUACAAAUAAGGAGCAGUCUGUUUUAACGGCUGAGGUAUUUAAGGUAAUGCAAACUUUACACAAUACAAUUUUGGAAAUACCAGGCAUUAAUGAGUUUUGUGUACAGAUAAACAAGUUGUGCUUGACCAAUAACGUCCUUGAUAAUUUUUACUAUUUAAACGAUACUACCAACCAAAUAAAUGAUAGACUUUUAACUGCUUAUUUUAAUGAAUCAUAUCUUAUGAGUAAUGGAGCUCCAGCAAAAUAUAAUUUUCCCUUAUUGCUCGGAAAUAUGAAAAUUAACAACACAAAUGUGUUUGCUAAGGCAUUACGAGUGCAAUAUUAUAUAAGGUUUCCAAAGACAAGAAAAAACUAUGAAAAAAAUAAAUUGUGGGAAACAAAGAUGAUGGAUUAUUUAAAAUCUAAUGAGUUAACUAUAAAAAGCUAUGGAUACAAUAUUUUAUAUAAUACUGUUCGUAGUCUGGAUGAUGCAGUUGCUGAAAACACUGUUGAAAACCUUCCACUUGUUAGUAUAUCUAUUGGUUUGAUGGUUUUAUUUUGUUCUGUUUCUGUCACUCGCAUUGGAUCUUUGGUCAUGGGUCAUUUUGUAUUGAGUCUAUUUGGGAUUUUAUGCAUUACACUUGGAAUUGGUGCAGGAUUUGGAUUUACAUUUUUGAUCGGUCAGCCAUUUGCCUCAUUUGUAGGUGUUUUGCCAUUUCUUGUCAUAGGUAUUGGUAUUGAUGAUAUGUUCAUAAUUUUGAAUAAAGUUGAUUGUCUUCAUUCUGUACCGGCAAGUUCUGAUAAGCUUGGUAAAGUUAUGCAGGAUGUUGGUUUUACAAUUACUAUGACAACAAUUACAGAUCUUGUAGCAUUUAUUAUUGGGUGUACAUCUUCUUUUCCAUCCGUGAGGAUUUUCUGUAUUUUUGCAAUUUUCUCCAUUUUUUUUGUUUUUUUGAUGCUGAAUUCCCUGUUUCUUGCUUUACUUGUGUAUGAUAUGAAAAGAAUUGACAAUUCUAGAAUUGAUUGUGUGCCAUGGAUGAGAAGAGUAAAAGAUGUUGGCAAUGAAAGUAGUUCAAGUUAUUUCACUAAGGUUAUGGAGUGUUAUGGAAGUUAUUUAAUGAAAACAUCUUCCAAGAUUAUUGUAACAUUUUUAAGUAUAGUAAUGGUAGUUUUGGGAGUAUAUGGAUGUUAUCAAACUGAUUUGAAUUUUGAUUUUAAGAUAAUUGGUCCUGACCAUUCAAAGUUUGUUAAAUGGAUCAACACUAUUGAAAAAUAUUUCCCAGCUGAAGAUUACUUUCCCAUUGAUUUAGUUCUUAAGGAUCCUAACAUUGACUAUUCAUCAUCUGAGAUUCAGAAUCAAUUUUUUGCUCUAGAUCAAAUUGCCAAAGAAAAAUACUUCAACAGCUCAUAUAAUUGGUUGACUUCGUAUGUGCGAUGGUCAAAUAAGAGCAACUUUAGUAAUUUCACUUUCAGCACAAAGCUUAAUGAAUUUCUUUCACUGCAUCCCAUGUAUAAAAGAGAUAUAUUGUUUGAUAGAAAUAAGAAUAUUCUUGCAUCAAGAGUACAUUUUUUUACAAAGCCUGUUCACAGUUGGAUUUUUCGUAGAGAUGCAAUGCUUUCACUUCGAAAAAGUCUUGAAAAAUUAAAAAUUGAGUUUAUACCUGUUUCUUUCCCAUUUAUUUAUGCUUCACAGUUAGUUGUGAUAGUCCAAGAAACACUUGUUAAUCUUAUUAUUUGCUGCUUGGUCAUAUUAUUUGUCACUUUACCGUAUUUAAUUCAUUUUAAAGUCACUUUUCUUCUUUUUGUUUCAUUUGUAUUUUUUACACUGGAGUUAUUUGCUGUAAUGUAUAUUUGGGGACUCUCUUUAAAUUCAAUAACAAUGAUUGUUUUAGUUAUGGCAAUCGGUUUUUCUGUAGACUAUAGCUGUCAUAUAACCCAUGGCUAUCUUAUAUCUCAAAAGUUAACUCCAGAAGAUCGCAUUAUUGAUUCUUUAGUUUCGCUAGGCGGCAGUGUUUUAAAAGGAGGGGGAAGCACGUUGAUAGGUGUAUUAGUUCUUGCCUGCAGUUCAAGUAAACUUUUUGUUUUGUUUUUUAAAAUGAUGUUUACAAUCAUUACGCUUGGGCUACUACACGGACUUGUAGCAUUACCAGUUUUUCUGACCAUAUUUUGCCGAUUCAGCAAAAACAUUGAUGAAGAUCCUAACAACGAAAAGAAGGGUUUGGCUGAAGACGAGAAAUUAAGUAAUAUAAAUUUAUAAAAUGUUUUUUUUUCGUUAUUAAUAUUUAUAUCUAGAAUAUUUAAUUGUUUUAAUUUAUUAUUAUUAAACACUACAUGGUUUCUAUAUUCUGUCUUAAUGAUUUUCAAGCAUUAAAACAGACUUUUAAAAUAUCAUCAGGAUAUAAUUUGAUAAAACGCAUCAACUUUUUAAUUUAUUAUUUUUUACUCUAUUUUAUUAUAAUCAAUAUUUUGAUAUUUAUUUUUAAAAAUAUUUUAAAAAUAUUUUAAAUAGGGUUGAUAAUUUUUUAAAAAGUUUUAUAGUAAAAAAAAAUGUUUAUAUUGUUUUUAUUGCAAAUACUCAUAUUUAUUUUCUCACGUAUUUUUAUAUGAUAACUGGAAUAGUUAUAAUUUUUUUUAUACGAUA